AUGCCGAAGUACCACCCGAAGGAACGCUUGCUCAAGAAGGAUAAGAAGCCUCCGAAGUUGAUCGCUAAUCGAGUGUUGGCAACAGAUGUAAUUCUUUUUGGGAUAAGCAACGAACGGUCUGCCCGAUUGAUGGAAAAAGACAACACUUUAACCUUUAGAUGUAGGACAGAAUCCACAAAAUUGGAUAUUAAGAGCGCAUUCAUUGAGCUCUACAAUCAUGAGGUUGUGAAGGUUAACACCGUUAAUACAAUCAAGGGAUACAAAAAGGCGUACAUCAGGUUGAAGGAAGAAGGUGCUGCUCUUAAGGUGGCGAAUGAUGCGGGAAUUAUUUAAUUAAAGCGCUGGCCAUCAUUUUUUAAACUGUGCAGGUUUAAGUUGAGGCUCAUACGGAAUUUGAUUACCUUUUAGAUUGGAAAUAGUUUUUUCUCUCCAGCACUCUAGCAAGCCCUAAUCGUGAAUAA